UAUAACCGAAUGAUUGACGCGUCCAGGUAACGAAAGGAGCUCGAAUGCCAGUGCUAACGUGAAGUACUCCAUUUCAGAAAGACAGUAAAUGUGUUGCCAUCCAAGUAAAAGCUGCAAAGCGCCGGAGGCUCUGGGAGGCGGCAAACAAUGAGAAGUCGGAGCGGGAGACUCAGCCUGAGUUUGCGGUGCCCGGCGAGGCCAGGGGACAGUGUUGGAUGCCCUGGAGCUGGAAUUACAGACUGCUGGAUGCCACCUGUGGGUCCUGGGAAUCGGUCUGGAGUCCUCUGGAAGAGCUGCCAGUGCUUUGUGACUGCUAAGCCAUCUUUCAAGCCCCAGUAGCAAGCUCCUGAAGGGACGAUAAUUUAACUAAAGAAGCCCUCAAACCCAGGAACCUCUGCAGGGAAGUCUAAGACAUUAUCUCCUGGAGAUUAAGCACUGAAACCAGUGGCUUUGUUUCUUUUUCUGCAUUAGGGAUACAUUUUUAUUGUGGAAGAUAAAGAUGAAGGAAAAAAGAAAAGCCACCCUACGCCCAUUAUUCAGAAAUUUGUUCUAGUGACAUCAUUGAGACCCAUGAUGUGAGGAACUUUUUUUAAAGGCACAAUUUCAAUACAUCUUGCUGUUUUUUCCCAGUUGUAUAAUCAUUGCCUCUAAUUUUAGACCACGUUACCACCCCAAAAAGAAGCCCACUUGUAAUCAUUCUCAUUUUUCCUAACAUACUUCCUUCCUACUUAGCCUUAAACAAACAUUAAUCUCGCUGUCUCCUAUUUUGAACAUCUCAUACAAAUGUGAACACAAUAUUUGAUUGUUAGAUUUCUCUAACUUAGCGGUUUUAAGACUUAUUCCCGGACUUUCCAUCCCACAAUCCCUCGCGCCCUUCCUUUCCAACUUGGGGCGGGCAGUAUGGCUCCCGCAAAGAAGGGUGGCAAGAAGAAGGGCCGUUCUGCCAUCAACGAGGUGGUGACCCGAGAAUACACCAUCAACAUUCACAAGCGCAUCCAUGGAGUGGGCUUCAAGAAGCGUGCUCCUUGGGCACUCAAGGAAAUUCGGAAAUUUGCCAUGAAGGAGUUGGGGACUCCAGAUGUGCGCACAGACACCAGGCUCAAUAAAGCCAUCUGGGCCAAAGGAAUAAGGAAUGUUCCGUACCGCAUCCGAGUAUGUUUGUCUAGAAAGCAUAAUGAGGAUGAGGAUUCACCAAACAAACUCUACACACUGGUAACUUACGUGCCUGUUACCACAUUCAAAAAUCUACAGACGGUCAAUGUGGAUGAGAACUAACUGCUGAAUGUCAAAUAAAGUUACAGAACUGCCAAAAAAAAAAAAAAAA